AUGCCAAGACACCCUCGUGACAGGUGGGAGUUCCCAAAUGGCCCCGAUGACCAUCGUUUUGCCUAUCGCUUUGACAAUCCAGGCCCGUUAGGUUACGAUCAGGGUCGGGAGCGUCCCUACAGCUGGUAUGAUCCUUACUAUCCGGAAGCUAGAGAAGAAUUCAGUUAUAGGGAGAGAUCCCCGUUGAGAAGGUACAGCAAUCCCCCUGACCCUCAUCAUUAUGGAGGUAGCUACGGGCCGUACGAUUACGCCGAUGUAUACAGGAGGCGCCCCGAUUACGAUCCACAAUCCUAUCCAACGCAUGGCGAUUUUCUGCAGAACGACGAGGAAAACGUAGAGGACUUAGUGCCAGAAGAGAGUCAGGAAGAAGAAUGGGAAGGCGAUGAUGAGGAUCUUGUCGUAAUCAGGCGUCCAUGGCGACCGCGUAGUGGAAAUUCAAAUACCGACGGCAAGACGAAUACGUCUCAGACGACCGGGGUCGGAUCAAGUGGGGCCGGCACGAGUGGAGCCAGUACGAAUAGGGACGGGGCGAACGAAUCAAGACAAAACGCGCCGACGGAAGCAAGCACAGAGCACGCGUUAGUCCCAGAACCUAGAGUACAAACCCAACAGCCAGACGACGAGACAAGAAUUAUUCCGCUUUCGAUUAUCCCAGGACAAAUCUGUCAAGAAAUCGCGUCUUUACUCGCUUCCGGAGUGUCCACGGCCGAAUCAAAGGAAAUAUCGAAAUCAUUUCAACUCAAAUUCGAGGAGGAAGACCUCUCGAUUUUGCCGCCGAAGUUAGAUGGUUGGAUGAGCCGCCGGGCGAAAGAAAAGGUCGUUUUCAAACUCGUUAGCGCCAGAGAAGAAGCGCUCGUGAACACUCAGCUGAAGAUUAUGGACAUUGGCCCACCUCUCAUCGAUAUGUAUACGAGGUUGUCUGCCUUGAAUGAUGAAUCGCGUGAAACCGCACGUAUGCGUGGUUCUAUCCAAGCCGCUUUACGACAGUGGGGCCGGGCGUUCGCGCAUAUUUCAAAAAAACGCCGCGAAGCAGUAGUCAGCGUCACUGACCCCAGGGUAGGCUAUCUACUGAAAGACGAUAACGUCUUCGUUUCCGGAAAGGAGGCCCGCGAGCUCCUGUUCACCGGAAAAUUCCUUGAUCUCAUGUUGAAAGAGGCGAAUCAAGAUGAAACCUUGGCGAGACGGGAUAAGGCGGUUGCGGCCGCAACCCGUGGUCGGAGAAAUCCAGUUCGGUCGACCAGGAGGGACCAGCCGAGAGAUACUCCAGGCCGUCAAGUACAUUUUGCGGACCACCAGCAAAACGAUCGUGGCAGAGGACGCGGCCGGAGAGGUUUCGUGGAUUUUAGAGGCACCCGCGGACGCGGUGGCGCCAGUAGAAGGUACGAAUUGUCCCCCUUGAUACCUUCUAGCCCUUAUUCAUGUAGCCAGUCCCCCGAAAGCGUUAAGGUUGGGGCUAGAUUGCUAGAUUUUGCACAUGUUUGGGCUACCAUAACAGACGACCCGUGGGUACUAAACACGGUUAAGAAUGGGCUAGUAAUUAAUUUUUUGUCUCAACCAGCACAAAAUUUUUUGCCUCACGAUGUCGUGAUGUCGGACGAAAUGCAGUCAGUCUGCAAUUCUGAACUUUCUAGUCUUUUAAAAAAAGGGGCAGUUACGGAAGUAACAGAUGGAUCAGAUGGUUUCGUGUGUUCUUUCUUUUGUGUCCCAAAGAAAAGCGGGGGUUUUAGGCCUAUUGUUAAUCUCAAGCCACUCAAUCGUUUCAUUGUCUACGAACACUUUAAAAUGGAGAAUCUAGAGACGGUUCGUUAUUUAGUCAGGGAAGGGGAUUGGUUCAUAAAAUUAGACCUCAAGGACGCCUAUCUGACGGUACCCGUGAAUAGCUCACAGCAGAAAUAUCUCAGAUUCGCAUGGAAAGGUAGGGUAUACCAGUUUAGAUGCAUGGCCUUCGGUCUCUCUCCCGCCCCUAGGAUUUUUACAAAAAUCCUGAAAGUAGCAGUGGCCUUUUUAAGAAGACGGGGCAUUCGGAUAGUCGUUUAUCUUGACGAUUUUUUAAUAAUGAACGAUUCGGAGGAAGGUGCGCGCGCAGAUUUAGAAACCGUUUUACGUUUAUUACAGUCCCUGGGUUUUCUAAUAAAUUGGGAGAAAUCUGUCACCACUCCAUCUAGGGUUAUGGAAUACUUGGGAAUGGUCAUAGAUUCGGUACGUUUAUCAUUCGCUCUCCCUCCUAUUAAGGUCCAAGAAGUCAAGAAAAUGUGCACAAACGCUCUGAAUACGGGGCAAGUCCCUCUUCGAGAUGUUGCGUCCAUUUUAGGCAACUUUACGUGGGCGAUCCCUACCAUACCUUUUGCCCAGUCGCACUAUCGGAGCAUGCAGAGAUUCUAUAUAAACGAAUCUCAGAAAGCGCUAGGCGACCUCAGCGUUAAAUGUGUUCUCUCAGUCGGGGCGAGAUCUGACUUGGAAUGGUGGGUAGCCAAUCUCGAAGAAGCGAACGGGAAAGAAUUUUUUCCAAAAAUAGCGGAUAUUGAAAUUUUUUCGGACGCGUCGCGCUCAGGCUGGGGGGCCGUCUGUGACGGAAUAACAACGCGAGGGCCUUGGACGACGGAUCAAUCGACUUUGCAUAUCAACUGUCUUGAGCUACUGGGCGCUUUAUAUGCUUUACAAUCAUUUGCCAAAAACGCGCACGGCCUUUCCAUAAGGAUACACUUAGAUAAUUCCACUGCAGUUUGCUAUAUAAACAAAGGAGGGGGUACCAAAUCCACUGAAUUAACAAAGAUAGCGAAAGAACUAACUAGUUUUUGCGAGCAGCGGGAAAUAUCAAUCGUAGCGACUCACUUGGCGGGGGUGCUCAAUAUUGAGGCAGAUAGGGAAUCAAGGGCCACCAGCGACGCGAGCGACUGGAUGUUGGAUCGCGCAAUAUUCAGGAAAUUACAGAUCGUAUGGCCGACCGAGAUCGACUUAUUCAGCUCAUUUUGGAACGCCCAGUUGCCCACUUACGUUUCGUGGCGACCACAACCCGAAUCAACGGCGAUAAAUGCUUUCUCUAUUAAUUGGUCGGGAAGGAUGGGAUACGCGUUCCCCCCAUUUGCCUUGCUUUCUAAAUGUCUUGAAAAAAUUAGAAAGGAAGCAGCUAAUAUCGUUAUGGUUUGUCCAGUCUGGCCAGCGCAACCUUGGUUCCCAGUUCUACUAGAACUAGCGUGCGACGUCCCAGUCCUCCUACAACCAGCCCCCAGUCUUUUGACGUCAGCGAAGGGAGAGCCACACCCCCUAUUGGAGACAGGCGCACUUCAGUUAGCCGCCUGGAUGUUAUCCGGCGAGAGUUCCGCCGGAAGGGAUUUUCGGAACCACUGGUCGAUUUACUCGUGGCCGGCAACCGAGCUACAACACAUUCGACAUACGAGUCGGCAUGGCGAUGUUGGAAUAAUUGGUGUGUUCGACGGGGUGAGAAUUCCUUGUCGAACUCUUUAAAUUCCGUAUUAGAAUAUUUGGCCGGAUUGCA